ACAGGCGCAAUGCGGUUGUCGGGAUGUAAGGAGGAAUGGCGACGGUCGAGGCGGUUUUGGAGGCCAGAGCGGAGCAGGAUUGACCAAACAGAAGCGAAUUACAGGAUCGUAUCCCCUUCAUGUGCAAGUAAAACUGAGUGAGAUGAUGGAGACCGAAGUGUCCACCUCCUCCAGCAUCGUCCCCUCCUCGUCCCCCGCUCAGCCCAACCCGGCGAAGCGAGACGGCCGGAAGUCCACGACGCCCGCCUUCCUCUCCAACCUGGGCAGGGCCACGCUGAGGGGCAUUCGCAGGUGCCCCCAGUGCGGCGUCUACAACGGCACCCGGGGGCUCAGCUGCAAGAACAAGGCCUGCGGGGUGUCCCUCAGGAACGCCGCGGCCUCGGCGUCCGCCCGGGGCGCCAAGAGGUGCGCGGUGGAGGCGGUGAAGGUGAUAAUCGACAGCGAGGAGCGCGGCGGGAAGGAGCCCGAGCAGGAGGGGGACGGCGUCCUGCUGGGCGGCGGCGGCGGCGACUCGGGCGGCGGCGGCGGCGGCGUGCAGGUGUUCUCGGUGUGCCACAGGGGGAGAGGGCCCACGGCCACGCAGUGGGGCUUCGUGCAGCUCGUCCCCACGGACACGGCGAUAGCCACCGGGGACGGGGCCACCCUGCUCACCCGCAUCAACCUGGGCCGCUGCUUCCUGCCCUCCUGCAGGCAGAGGUCGAACCCGGGCGACGCCGAGGUGGCGGCCGCCAAGCCGUCCCCCGACAGCCUCUGCGCGCACAUCAAGCAGGCCAUAGAGUGCCAGAGUCGCGCCACGCCGCUCACCCUGAAGAGCUCCACCCUGGAGGGCCUGCAGGCCUCCGUUCAGGCCAGGGAGGAGCUGUGGCGGCUGGCCACGGAGUCGCCGGGGCCCCUGGUGCAGCGGGUUUCCAAGGACACGCUGGUGGUGAAGUGCCACGCCGACUCCCAGCAUCCUCUGGGGCUGCUGCACCUCACCGUGGCUGCAGGGGGCGCGUCGGACGCCUCGAGGGGCGACAGGAGCGUCUUCACCUGCGCCUGCCAGGUUAACGCUAAAAGACACAAAGGGGGCGGCGCCGAGGGGGCGGCGUCCGGCUCUCAGCCUCCCCCCGGAUCCCCCUGCCUUCACUUCUACGCCUGCGUCAGCGCCUUCGCCAGCGACGAGAAGCUGGCGUCGGAGUUCGCGGGUUUUAUCGGCUACACCUCCAGCGCUCUGCAGCAGACGUCCUCCAGCCGACUGAUAAAUCCCGGUGAGAAGCCUCUUCAGCAGCCGCCGCUCGAACUCGUCCCCUCCGUCCACCACAAACCCAAGAAGCUCCGCCUGGACGACCCCGUCUCCGCCCCGUCCUCUGGGGCGGGGACAGACCCCGGCCUGAGGAAAGCCGGGCAGAGGAAAAGCCCUGGUGCUGGUGGGAUGAAGGCUCCAGGAAGCGCUCAGGCCGUGGACGAGCGAGCGGUGGCCAUGAGCUUCCACCAGUGGCUGGCGAGCGUCACGGAGAGGAUCCACCACACCAUGAACUACCAGCACGACGGGAAGCCGCAGCCUCUGGUUUACCACAUUCCUCAGGACUUCUUCAACGCCCUGCAGCAGCGCCUGUCGCUCGGCUCCAAGAAGAAGAGGCUUCCCAACUUCACAUCAGCGUUUGUGAGGAAUGACGGACUUCCUCUCGGCUCCCUCUCCAAGUUCACCUGGCACAUCACCAGCCUGACGCAGGUCAAACGCAUCUUCGACACACCGGAGUUGCCGCUGGAGGUCACUCAGAGUUUUGUGAAAAACGUGGACGGUUCUUACUCGCGUUUCCGUUGCCCUGAGCCGCCGCCGGAGUCCGGACUAACGGAGGGACACAGGACGGAUCGUCCCCACGCCAUCCGACCCAUGGACCUCCGCACCUUCCUCAAAGUCGGGCCGAGCUCGGCCGACCAGAAGGACGUCAGCCCGUUCGUGAUCGAGUGGAUCCCCGGCGUCCUGCCUCGCUGUCAGAUGGGCGAGCUCAGGAUCGGCUUCGAGUUCGGCCACCAGCAGAGCGGCCACGCGGAGCCCCACGAAAAAACCAGCGCCGCGGAGAAAGGAGGUCGCAACAAGACGGACUGCGGCCAGACCAAACUCACAAAGGGCCUCGAAAUCCUGCAGGUCGUCGUCUAACGGUCCCACAGUUGUCGUGUGACAUCUGCAAUAAUCAACUCAGUGUUAAGUAUUAUUAUUAUUAUUAUUAUUAUUAUUAUUAUUAUGCAAGUUAAAAUCUUCUCCUUAAAGCUAAAUAUUCACACUCUUAUAUUUUUGAAACAGAUUCUAUUUUUACGAGCAGAUAUUAAUCGUGUGAGUGUUUAAAUUAAAAAAAAGAACAAACAAACAUGUAAUCGAGCAAAAUAGAACAAGUUCACUAAGUAUUAUUGUCCUGUUUGUUUUGCUUUGUAAACCAGAGGAAGAUAAAACACAUUCAGUGGAGGAAAUAAAAAAUAAACCUUAAAGUUUUGGAUUCA